GGUCUUGCCACGAUUAUGGAGGCUGUCAUUGAGUGUUUGACACUUUCGUCAUGAAGGUGUACAAGUUGUCGCAUUGGGUGAAGAUACUCGUCUGGUUUAUAUUCGCGGCUACUAUUGUCAAGAUCUUAUCGUUGGUAAAACUUCCUGUGGAAAAUUCUCAUAUCCAUGGAUUGCCAGCGAAUAAGAUAAGCGCUGAUCCGGCUUCCAGAAGAGCAGAACAUGCUCCGAUGUCGUUGCCAAAUGAGCCGCUGGCAUUGAAGCAUCUGUUGGAUGGAAAUGCCCAAAAGAAUUGGUCCCUAGAUGGGGAUUGCGCUCCCUAUCCACGUCACAAGGAUCUGCAUAUUGAGAAUGUGCAUUAUCAGUUUACGGUCGGUGGCAAUGUGAGCUAUUAUUUGUUUGCCGCGUACUAUGAUCGUCGUCAUGCGGUUGAGUAUGCGCCAAGUAUCGCCAUUCUGGCCAUGUUGAGCAGCAUUCCGGGACCGUUUGAGCAGGCAUACUGUCAAGUGUGGUACGAGGACAGCGAUACGCCGGAUAUUGUGGAGAUGCAAAUCCAGAAAAUUGCCUGGUAUGAUGUGUGGGGCAGUGAGCCAGAUCAGGUGUAUCCGGUGCUAUUGAAUUGCCCACUUCAAGAUAGUCCACGAAGUUAUCGUGUGCCACAGCUGGUGUCCUUGGUUUUCACGGAUCGUUGUGCACGUGCCACAAAUGCGCUGCGCGUUGUCUACGAGGCGCCACAACGUAAGCAUGCCACACGCUUUGCUGUCUGCGUCAAGGAUCUACAAUUUCCCACAAUGGACAUGUCCGUACGUUGGGUUGAAUGGCUUGAAUUAAUGCGUCUCCUUGGCGCUGAACGUGUCACAGCCUACGAUUUGGGUGGCGACUCUCUGCUGCCCAAUACAAGGCGUACCCUGAAGCACUACGUGCAACAUGAUGGCUUUCUACAACUCCGGGCACACACUCUACUCGAAGGACAUCCGAAGCCGGCGAUUAAUGUGGGAUUGUGCAAGAGACUCAAUGAGGUUCUCAUGUAUAUCGAUUGCUUUUAUCGAAAUAUGUACGAGUUCGAUUAUGUGGCCAUCAUUGAUGUGGACGAGGUGAUCAUGCCACUGGGCGAGUUGCACACUUGGCCCCAGUUGGUGCAACAUCUCGAACGGAAUAGCACACUUCCAAUGGAUGCAAUUUAUAGAUAUGAGUGCAAGGCACGUGCCAGCUAUUGCUUUCGCAAUGUCUAUUUUCCCAAGAGUCUGCCCAUCGAUGAGACGCCUCCAAAUCAUUUCUAUAUGCUGCGACACGUGCGUCGUGUUGCCGAUCAUUUGAACCCCAAUUCGGCCAUCAAGUGUCUACAUUCCACACACUUUGUGACCGCGGUGCACAAUCAUUUCCCCAUGUCCUGGCGUACCGCCUGUGGACCCUACGAUGUCCCCACCUCCAUAGCACAAUUGCAGCACUAUCGGGAACCCGAUGAUAAAACGACUCUGGAGCAACCGACUCCACUGCGUGAUGAUAACAUCUGGCGAUUCAAGGAACAACUGAUAACCAAUGCACUGGCAAAGCAUCGAGAACUCGGCUGGUCGAUUCCCUAAUAGUUAUUAUAUCUUAUUUAUAUCUUUGUAGAGUCUGCGAGUUUGGUUGAAACAUCUCCAGAAAGUUUUAUGCUAGCUUAAGAUUUUUUAAAUCAUACAUUUAGUUUUUGAUUUUA